GUGCUGCGCGUGGCUUGGUCCCCUGGUCUGACAGUGUUGUUGUGGAACGAGAGCGAGUUGUUAAGAGGGUGUGUUUUAUGGGAAAUAGAGGUUGUGGGUGCGUGUGAGCAUUUCUUUUGCUCUGUGUGUGUGUGUGUGUGUGUUUACACAGACGGGAAUACUGCGCCAGAGGAAGUGCGCCCGUUCUCCGUCUGUGCGUCCCGACUUCCUGCUCUAAGGCAGGAGAGAGAAAAGCUGCGGAUCCGCUUUCAGACAGCGGGCCAGCAGCAGAAGCAUGGAGCCUCUACACAACACACACACACUGAUUUAAGAAACAAACGUACACAUCAACAGCGGGCAAACAGAGGAGCAGCGGCCGUCCACAUCUGGAUUGCCUUCAUCUGUGCCAUCAUGGAGAGCUCCAUAACACUCUGGCAGUUCCUGCUCCAGCUGCUGCUCGACCAAAGCCACAAGCACCUCAUCUGCUGGACAUCCACUGACGGCGAGUUCAAACUGCUCAAAUCAGAGGAAGUGGCAAAGCUGUGGGGGUUGCGCAAGAACAAGACCAACAUGAACUAUGACAAGCUGAGCAGAGCGCUGCGCUACUACUACGAUAAGAAUAUCAUCAAGAAGGUGAUUGGGCAAAAGUUUGUCUACAAGUUUGUGUCAUUCCCUGAGAUUCUGAAGAUGGACCCUGCAGUGGUGGAGGCGGGUCGCAUUAGCGAAGAGAGUGGGGGUGUGAUAUCAGAACCUGAAGCUGAAGAUGAGGAUGGAGCUGAGAGAAAACAGUACCUCCACUCUGGCCUGUACUCUUCCUUCACUAUCAACUCCCUGCAGCAUCCUUUAGAGCAACACCAGCCAAUCAAAACAGAGCCUAGACCUGCUAGCAAUGACGACAGCUCCUCUGUCAUUCGAUUUGUAAAAAACUGCGGUCACUCAUCUCUCCCUUCAACCCCACCCCCAUCAUCAACUGAGAGCUCCCACUCAUUCAGGCUGUCUCCUCGCCUGGCCUGCUCUUCAUCUCCACCGCUAAGCCCUACCCACAUACGGAUGAGGGUGCGGAGCCAGAGUAUAGACACUGAUGAUUUAGAGCCCAAUGCCCAACCUCUAAACCUGUCGUCUGGUCAGAGAGAGAGGGAGAGGUUCCAAUCCAAAACAACACCAGAGAGGAGGGGGUUGGCCAAUGGUGCACCAUACAAGGGCAGAAAACCCAAAAGCUUGGAAAUCUCUUCCUCCUCUCUCCUUUUGACAGGAAGUGACCUUGUCUCUAUUGCCCUCAAUAGCCCGGCACUGCCCUCAGGGUCCCUCACCUCUGCCUUUUUCACUGCACAGACUCCAUCUGGUCUGUUGCUCACUCCCAGUCCUCUUCUCUCCAAUAUCCAUUUCUGGUCUGGUUUGAGUCCAGUGGGGCCGCUGAGCCCUGCCCAACUACAAGGUCACACCCCACUUUUCCAGUUCCCUACACUGCUGAAUGGACCCAUUCCUGUACCUCUGCCCAGUGUGGACGCACCUUCUCCUCUGCUGAUCUCCUCCAACUCCAACAAGUCCUGAUGCCAGCCUGAAUUCAAAGAACAAACUGGACCAAAAAAGUAGCCGAGCAGGGCCACACCUUUACCAGCUAAAGGACCAAACAAAUAA